GUGAAUCCUGAAGCAAAUAUGAAUAUUAGCGAAAUUAUUUCCUACUGGGGCUACCCAGAUGAAGUGUAUGAUAUUGUAACUAAAGAUGGCUAUAUCCUUGGCCUCUACAGAAUUCCUUAUGGGAAGACAAAAAAAUUUAACAAUACAGCUCAGAGACUUGUUGUAUACCUACAACAUGGCUUGUUUACAUCGGCCAGCAGCUGGAUUUCCAAUCUCCCUAACAAUAGCCUAGGCUUCAUUCUGGCAGAUGCUGGUUAUGAUGUAUGGUUAGGGAACAGCAGAGGGACUACCUGGUCCAGGAAACACACGUACCUAAAAACGGAUUCCAAAGAAUUCUGGUCAUUCAGUUUUGAUGAAAUGGCUAAAUAUGACCUUCCAGCCUUCAUUGAUUUCAUUGUAAACCGAACUGGACAAAAGAAAAUUUUUUAUAUAGGACAUUCACAGGGCACUACUAUUGCUUUCAUAACAUUUUCCACAAUACCAAAGAUAGCUGAAAGAAUCAAAAUAUUCUUUGCGUUAGCACCAGUUUUUUCCAUUAAAUACUUAAAAAGUCCUUUUGUUAAAAUGGCGUACAAGUUGAAGCCAGUGAUCAAGGCGUUUUCUGGCAACAAAGAAUUUUUAUCUAAUACUUCAUUUAAAAGAUUUAUUGGUUCAAAGUUGUGUCCACUGAAGAUUUUUGGUGUGCUAUGCCGUGAAUUCUUGUUUAUGAUAUAUGGAUAUGACACAAAGAACUUAAAUAUGGUGAGAACAAAUAUGUUCUCUUCAGUAAAUCCUGCACUUUCAGUAAGCCUUGAAAGACUUUUGCAUUUUUUUCAGCUUUUUAAUUCUGAUCAACUGAAAGCUUUUGACUGGGGAAGUCCUGCUCAGAACUUGCUUCAUUAUAAUCAGAAAGAAUCUCCAGUGUACAAUGUGUCAAAAAUGAAUGUGCCAACUGCUACUUGGAGUGGUAAAAAUGACUACUUGGCUGAUCCUGACGAUGUCAGAAUUUUACUUUCUGAAAUCACAAAGUCCAUUUACCACAAAACUAUUUCUUACUACAAUCAUCUAGACUUUUUGUUUGGAUUAGAUGUCUAUCAAAAAGUUUAUCAUGAUAUCAUUGAUAUUAUGCAAGCCAAUUCGUAA